AUGGCAGGAGGAAACUUUGAGAAAUCGGUAAAAGGGGCCACAAAGGUCAAGCUUGCGGCCCCCAAAUCCAAAUACAUCGAACAUAUUCUCGUGGCGACGCAUACAGGCGAGGCCGGAGUAGCAGAAAUAUUCCGGACACUACACCUUCGGGUUCGCGAUACGACAUGGACUAUAGCAUUUAAGGCUCUCAUCGUGAUUCACUUCAUGAUCAGGGAGGGCCAGCUGGACGCCACACUGCAAUAUAUGGCGGAGAACCCGAGAAAAAUUGCUGUGCACGGACUAUCAGAAGUCCAACCGCAGGGCCGUAAUAUCCGACGAUACUCCCAGUAUCUCCUUGCCCGCGCGAAGGCAUUCGAACAGACCAAAACGGAUUAUGUACGAAGCGGACAAGGGCGGAUGAAACGGUUGACCGUCGAAAAGGGUUUAUUACGAGAAACAGAAGUUGUUCAGCGGCAGAUCAAAGAGUUGCUGCGAUGUGAUAAUCAGCUCUUAACGGACGAAGUGGAAAAUGAAAUUACGCUGACGGCCUUCCGUCUCCUUACUUUGGACCUUUUGACUCUAUACUCGGUUAUGAACGAAGGCACAAUCAACGUCUUAGAACAUUAUUUCGAAAUGUCGCGCCCGGAUAGCGAGCGUGCGCUGGAAAUUUACAAGACCUUUGCCGCCCAAACCGAGGAGGUAGUCAAAUUCCUGGGAGUCGCUCGACAUUUCCAGUCGGCAACGAGGCUUGAAAUACCCAAACUAAAACACGCUUCAACGGAUCUGACGCGCCUUCUGGAAGAUGACUUGAACGAUCCGGAUUUCAACCAGCGCCGGAGAGAAUACCUUGCUCGACAAGGUAAAGACGUAAAUAGUAGUGCAUUCGCAACCUCCUCGACGACAGGGGGUAAUAAACCUGCCGUCAAUACAAACCCUACGCCUUCUCGACCGAAGACGGAACCCAGCUCACAAUCGAAGGCACCUCCGUCGAAUCUUAUAGACUUCUUCGACAGCAUUGAUCCGAGCACGCAUGCUCAAGCCCAGCCGCAGCCACAACAGCAAGCCAUGCAAUUCCAGCAAACUGGCUUCGCCGGACAACAGCCCGCAUUCUACCCGCAACAAACAGGAUUUCAACAACAACCUCAGCCCACCGGAUUUGCCCAACCCCAACAACCCACCGGGUUUGGACAGCCGACACAGCCGUUUGGGGGCCCAUUUGCACCGCAGAAUACCAAUCAAUUUGGCCAGCAGCAAGCGCCACAGCCUCUUCAGCCGACUCCUACCGGUGCCGGGUUUGGCGGUUACACACCACAACCCCAGGCCCAGGGAUUCCAGAAUCAGCUUCCUCCAAUCCCGCAGAACAAUAUGGCUGGAUUCCAGCAGCAGCAGCAGCAGCCAUCCCAAAACACACUCCAACCGCAGGCCACUGGCACUACUAAUCCCUUUAGGCAAUCGAUGCUGAUGAGCACGCCCACGGGAUCAGGAAUGCCCGCAUCGCCACUGAACCGUCAAAACACAAAUCCUUUUGCGAAGCGGUUAUCGACAGCUAAUGCGUCGUUUACUCCCAGCACUCCUGAGCCAUUCCCGCAGGCUUUGCAACAGCCCCAACAGCCGGCAGCUCUCCAACCGCAGCGGACGGGAACGAAUCCCUUUGCUCGGAGUUCGUCUGUGCCACCGCAGCAGUCGCAGGGACUGCAGCCCCCUGCAGCACCUCUCCGGCCAACGCCUACAGGAAGUACGAAUCCGUUCCGACAGAGCACGCUUGUUCAACAGACGGGUCCAGGGUGGCAGACGACCAAUGGCCAACAGGGCACUAUGGGUGGAUUAGAGCAGUUGGAUACAAUUUCAGUGUUCCCACGGCAGGGGUUUUAG